AUUUAUCUGUGGUUAUGAUCAUUUGCUUGCUUCACUGAUUCUAGCGAUUUCAAUUUCUGAAAACGAGUGUUAGUUUCCAAUUUUCACGAGUAUCUUCUCGUAGUUGGAAUCUAUUGGAUGGAAUUUAAGUUUAAUAAUAUGCAGAUGGGUCGCAUGGGUUCUCCGUCCGUCGGGAUGGACGAGGACAGCGGCGCGGGACAUGCCCUCAGCGAUUUUCUUUUGCAGCUCGAGAAUUACAAUCCUUCUAUUCCUGAUUCAGUCGUUGCUCAUUACCUGAAUAUGGCUGGUUUCGAGUCUCAAGACCCUAGGUUGGUUCGGCUGAUAGCCCUGGCUUCCCAAAAGUUCCUGUCAGACGUGGCCAAUGACGCACUACAACAUAGCAAGAUGCGCACCUCCAGUCAGGCCAGCUCGAGCUCCAAGAGCCAGAAGGGCCCGAAGGAGAAGAAGUACAUCAUGACGAUGGAGGACCUGGUGCCAGCGCUCCAGGAGUACGGCAUCGUGGCGCGCAAGCCGCACUACUACGUCUAGGGCUCCGUAUUACCAUAGAGAGAUAUAGUAAGACAAGAGUGCUCACUCCAUACAUAGAGAAAUAUAGCAAGACAAGGGUGCUCACUCCAUACAUAGAGAAUAAUUCCGCUACUCGAUGCUAGAUGUCGACUAUGAAAAUACUAAUAUUUUUGGUACCAAAACUGAUGUAUGGAGUGAGCACUCUUGUCUUACUAUAUUGCUCUAUGGUAUUAUUGUAUUGUACCAUCGCUCACACUGUUUACUUUCCAGAGGUGAACCUUAUUACAAAAGGCAUAAGGUCCACUGAUGGACAGAUAAGAGUGUGGGCGAUGGCAAGAGUCGGUCCAAGCUAACUCUGCAUGGCAUUUGCGAUGACAAUGUGUGGCUAUGUCAUCGUUAAUGUCAAAUUUCUAUGAAAAUAUGACGUUUAUAAUGACGCUCAGUCGUUUUGUCCUGUUCAAGUCGGUGCAAACUUAGCUUAGACGGCCUCUGGUGAUCAGGGGUCAUCCAUUAAUGACGUCACACCAAUUUCCAGGUUUUUUGACCCCUCCCCCCCCUUGUCACACUUGGUCACAUUUAGCAAACCCCUCCCCCUCUAGUGUGACGUCACAUUUUUUCUACGAAAUCGCCAAAUCGAAUUAAGUAAGUACCUAAGUAUUAUUAAUAUUUUAUCAAAAUAUUUUUGACGAUAUAAAUAUUAGUAAUUUUAUAACCCAAAACUCCUUAGGAAAGAAAAUUAAACGAUUAAAAACUAUUUUCGUUUUAAAAACUUGUUAUUUAAAUGUACAGCGAACUAAAUAAUUUAAAUAAAUUUUCGGUUACUGAUGAAGUUAAAGUGACGUCACAAAGUUUGUGUCUCCCCCCUCCCCCAUGUCACGAUAUGUCACAUUUUCUUGACCCCCUCCCCCAUGUCACAAUAUGUCAUAUUUUCUUGACCCCCUCCCACCCCCUAAACGUGUGACGUAAUAAAUGGAUGACCCCUCAGUUAUCUCGUUUAAUUUUCAUGGCAGUUGAGUUCAAUGAAUCAGUAGAGCUAAAUUCAACAAAUUGGUACAGUAGAACUCAGAGUUAAUUAAAAUCUAAAUAAUAAAAGAUAGAGUUUUGUUCGGAGUUCGUCAAUUGCGGGAAUUUUUCUGUCACUCUAUUUUCGUCUUAAUGAAAGUUAAAGAGAAAGAUCCCCGCAAUUCGCGAAUUUCGGUUUUUGCGGUUGACUCUUAGGUUAAUUUUUUUUCAACUGAGAUGAUUCAAAAUAAUAAAUUUAACCCUUUAUAAGGCAGAGGCGAUAUAUCGACCACAUACGCUCAAUCAGAAAUUCAACCAUACUGUUUUAAUAAUAGGGCUCAAAAUCGUUUGCAUUAAUUGAAUAUUCAACUUGCUUUUAAAAUAGAUUUUUGAAAUGUAGGCUUCUGAUAGCUGCAACAAAUUCUGCGAUAGCACGUCCCUGUCAACGGGCCUUAUAAAGGGUUAAUAAUAAAUAAAUUUUAUGGAAAUUAAUCGACAAUCCCACUUAAAAUUUUGUACCUUUUCCUUGAAUACCAAGAAAAUUAAACGAGAUGUUAUUAUAGAUAAUAUAGAUCAUUAAUCACUAGAUAAUAAUUAUUGAAAAUGGGGUAAUAAUUGUCAAAAACGUUAAACAGUUAAAGCUUAGUGCAGAUGGCGCUCGAGUGCAUUAGAGUCUAGUAUCGUGACAAUUAUUGGGAAAAAAACCGGGCAAGUGCGAGUCGGACUCGCGCACGAAGGGUUCCGUACCAUAAUGCAAAAAAAAACAAAAAAAAAGCAAAAAAGAAAACGGUCACCCAUCCAAGUACUGACCCCUCCCGACGUUGCUUAACUUUGGUCAAAAAUCACGUUUGUUGUAUGGGAGCCCCAUUUAAAUCUUUAUUUUAUUCUGUUUUUAGUAUUUGUUGUUAUAGCGGCAACAGAAAUACAUCAUCUGUGAAAAUUUCAACUGUCUAGCUAUCACGUUUCGUGAGAUACAGCCUGGUGACAGACGGACGGACGGACGGACGGACAGCGAAGUCUUAGUAAUAGGGUCCCGUUUUACCCUUUGGGUACGGAACCCUAAAAAACAGCCUUGAAUAUUUAAAUAAAACUACUUGGUUUUUGUUCUUUUAAGGUUCAGUAUAGGGUUCAAAUUCGCCAAAACAAAUGAUUAUACUUAUAAAUGUAACAUUUUAUAAAUAUACAGUGUUAUUAUCGCCUGGCUUUAAGUGGAAAAAGUGUUAAAAGUUGAACACCGAAAUUAAUUUUGAAAUAUUGAAAAAUUACUUAAAUGAUUAUCAAUUUAUUACAAAAAUGCCUUCAAGUAAAUACUACUGCCACUAGAAUAGAUGAUUACUUGCUGUAGUAUUUCGAUUUCGAAUAGUAUUUAAUAAAUAUAGCAGUGGAUAAUGUUCGAUUAAAAAAAAUACGGUGUUUUCCGCUUUUAAUCCGGUCGCCUAAUCUAAUAAUCCAUUGCGCGCGGCUGCCUCGCGAGCCAAAUGUUCGAUAGUUUGCCGCGCAAUAUGGAGACAGGCCUUAAUAUCCAACACUAAGAAAAACUAAAAAAAAUAGUUAUUUGUUUUACAAGGGGGCAAAGUUGUUGUUUAACCGCUCGUGCUAAUAUUGAUACCCGAGCAAGCGAAAGAUUCCAAAAUUGAACCACGAGCGUAGCGAGUGGUUCGAAAAAAUGGAAUCUUGAGCGUUGUGAGGGUUUUAAAGCACGAGGGUUAAACAAAAUUUGCCCCCGAGUGAAACACAAAAUUUUUCACCACACCAACCCGAAGCAAAUAUCAAACAAAAUCAAGCCAAAUCAAAUCCAAAUGAUUGUUAUUAAAUAUUUAUCAUCGAAAAUCAUCAUUUAAAAGUCAUUUCUACCAGCAAACAUAAGAAAACAACUCAAAAUUUGCAUUUGAUUACUUUGCCUCACAUGUGAAUAAAAUGCAACUUUGCUAUCCGUUUUUGAAGUGCAAAGUAAGCCUUUCCGAGCUGGUGUGGUAAAAAAAUAUUUAAAGUUGUACACUACUUUUUAUUUCAGGUUUUUUAUGACAUUUCUAGAUAAAAUGGCCCGUAUUAGCAGUCAUUGUAUUUACCAAGGAGUGCAAUAGGAAGCAAUAUUGUGUUGCCGUAUUCAAUGCUCAAUAUAUACCCAUGUUACAUGACAAUACAUACAUGUGACGUUCCACGAGUAAAGGUACCUUAUGGCGGUUGGCGCUUACGCUAUUAUUAAAGCCGCUCAAAUAUUAUUGCGGUGCUAUGCGACGUAACCGCCAGCCGCCAUAAGGUAUCUUUUGCCGUGGAAUGUCACGUAUGUAUGUUACUUGAGCAACUAAUUAAAAUACAUAAGCUUAGCAGAUAAGGAGAAAAUUAUUAAUAAACUCAAAACUUCCUUUUCAUUAAAAAAUCUUCAUUUCUUCACAUUAAUCUGCUAUCAUUUAAAUAAAUACCCUCGGCGAAUCUUCACUUUUUUAUAAAUACCAGUCUUAUUAUUAUAAGAACAGGGAUCGAUAGUUAAUAGGUCUCAAAUAGCAAUAAUAUUGUAAUAUUUUAGUUAUUAUUUAUGUGAAUGUACUAACUUAACACCAAUUAAGAAAUAAAACAAGGGAUAAACA